AUGGGAACUCAAAUUUUUGAAAAAAACUCUGCUGCUGCAACUUGUGCUACUCGACCCAGUGCACCCUACGGUUCCUCUCAUCCACAUCCCCACCACCACCACCACCAAACCCCCCACGCUCCCCCCUCGCCGCCACGGUCGCCGCCACACAUGAAAUCCGACGUGAUGGAGUCUGAAGCCGACGACAAGGAAAAGUCCGACUUUUCGUCCAAGGCCGCCAAAUUUGGAGCUUCGUUGCUGGGACGCAAAAAGCUGGCUGUGAACACCACCGCCAAGGAGGGAAAGUCCGCGGGGUCCGUGUCGCCACCGGUGGCCACGCCGGUGGACAAGAUUGCGCCGCGGGUGAGCAACUCAAGCGUGCGGUCCUCCGGCGCGGGCGCUGCGUCUGCAGUGGCCCAUGCUGCGUCUGCCGCCGUGCGACCGGUGACUGGAGCUGUAGGCUCGACGGCCGCCGCAGUGAGAUCGCCUCCCACGGCUGCGACUGCUGCUGGUACGGGAGCUGCUCCGCCCGCGGGUGUGCGAUCCCCAUCGACCACCCCGGCCGCCCCUGGCCCCAACUCUCGCACAACCCCCUCGCCGCUGCCCAGCCCCAUCUGUGGACCCACAGCUGCCCCCUCGGGCCGCAUUCCGCCCGCCGACUUGCGCGACGUGGGCUCGUCGGUGCGAAGCAGCAGCCGCGCAUCCAGCAGCACCACCUCGCUCACACUGAAGGAGACGCCCAAUGCAGGCGCCGCACCCACCUCUGGUGGAGUUUCGGCCGCCGCCAAAAAGGAGCCCACCAAGCGGUUCUUCGCCUACGACAACGGCACCCACGAGCAUUGCCUCAAGGCCGCAAAACGUCACGAAAAGAUUGGCAACAUGAUCAAGGAUCUGCUGGGCGCCAAAAAGCUGCGAGAUGAGGCCGUCUCUGCCGUGCCGCAGAUUCUCGCUGGCGCCAACGCCCCCAACGGAGGUAACGGCGACCUGCCCCCCUCGCUCAUGCACGGUUUCCUCAAGCAGAUCAACGAUCCCAACUCGCCGAACCCCCAGGUGCAACAUGCCCACCCUGCACCCGAAAAGGACGGAAAGAACCCCUAUGUUUGCAACCAUCCGGCCACGACAUCGGGCUCAUUCCUGGAGAAGUACGGUCGCUGUCAGGAAGUGAUUGGAAAGGGCGCCUUUGGCGUUGUGCGUAUUUCACACAAGGCGGCUGAUCGGAAAAGCGGCACUGCGGAGCAGCUGUAUGCCGUUAAGGAGUUCAAGCGCCGGCCCAACGAGACGGAAAAGCACUACAACAAGCGGCUGACGUCCGAGUUCUGCAUCUCGUCGUCGCUGCACCACCCGAACAUCAUCCACACGCUGGAUUUGUUGCAGGACGCCAAGGGCGACUACUGCGAGGUGAUGGAGUUUUGCUCUGGCGGCGACCUGUACACUUUGAUUCUGUCUGCCGGCAAGCUCGAGUUCACCGAGGCCGACUGCUUCUUCAAGCAGAUCAUCCGGGGCGUCAACUAUAUGCACGACAUGGGUGUGGCUCAUCGGGAUCUCAAGCCGGAAAAUAUUCUGCUGACGCUCAAGGGUACGGUCAAAAUUACCGACUUUGGCAACGGCGAGUGUUUUCGAAUGGCGUGGGAAAAGGAGGUGCAUCUGAGUAACGGGCUGUGUGGCUCUGCUCCUUACAUUGCCCCCGAGGAGUACCACGAGAAGGAGUUUGAUCCGCGACCGGUCGACAUUUGGGCCUGUGGAGUCAUUUACAUGGCGAUGCGAACCGGCCGACAUCUGUGGCGAACUGCCAACGCUGAGGAGGACGAGUUCUACACCCGGUAUCUGCAGGGUCGAAAGGACGAGGAUGGUUACGAGCCCAUUGAGCAUUUGAAGAGAGCGCGUUGUCGAAACGUGAUUUAUUCGAUUCUGGACCCUGUUCCGAGUAGACGGAUUACGGGCAAGCAGAUUUUGAAUAGUGAGUGGGGCCGGGAAAUCAAGGUGUGUGAGGCGGGUGAGACGGGUCAUUAA